CCUAGAAGAAUUUUCAAGACACGUUGGCUUAUCAGCCUUCGGGGAGUGAACUGGAGUGUCAUCACGGCAUUGAGUGACAUUACCGGCUGCUAUAUAUCAGAACUAGUGAAUCUGCAAUGGAAAAAAGUAUCUGAAGCUUCAGAAAUAAGACAAGAUCUUCAAUUCUUUCUUCAUUCUUUACGUGUUACAGGAACAAGAAUCUUUUACUAACUUCAAGAUGGACUACACUGACCUAUACAACUACGGCGGUGUAAAUAUCACGCACCUGCUUGCUCUUUAUAAUCAAUCAAGUAUAGAUGAUAUUUUGGAUAAUCUAUAUGAAUAUGGGAACGAGUCCGAUUACCCAGAAUACUACAUCUCCAACUGUGAUAAUUCAGAACACCCGCACCAAAUGUUCAUCAACAAUUUGCCGGACUAUCAUCGAUUCUUCAACGUGUUUCAACCAACAGCGUGUGCGAUUGGCAUCAUAGGUAUUGUGCUAACUGUUGUUGUUCUUGGCAGGAAGAACAUGACCACGUCUACUAAUUCCUACCUAACAGCCUUAGCCAUUGCUGAUCUUGGAUUUCUCGUCAGUCUGGUUUCAAUGUUUAUGGCGUCUGAGCAUAUGGACGUGGAAUUUUACUAUAAAUACUAUGUUUAUUCGUCUACUAUUGCCCCAAUAUUCGUUGAGACUUUUCUUAUGGCCUCUGUUUGGCUGACCGUUGUCCUUGCUGUUGAGCGGUACAUUGCAAUUUGUCAUCCUCUAAAGGCCAUCGCCAUUUGCACAGUGAACAGGGCAAGACUGAUCAUAGCUGGCAUUUUUAUAUUUUCAUUUAUUUUCAGAAUCCCUCGAUUUUUUGAAUUCAGAACCGAAAGCACUGUUCAUUGUAAUAUUACUGUUUAUCAUUCCGUUCCAACUGCAAUGGGACUGAGUCAAUAUAGAAUAGUUUACCCUAUCAUCGUUGAUUGUAUAUUUGGCUGUAUAUUUCCAUUGAUUGCGCUCCUUAUUUUCAACAUCAAGUUGAUUCUAGAAAUUAAAAAAUCUACAAAUUAUCCUAGAUUCCAUGAUGUCAACAUGCAAAACAUGAUUUCAAGGGAACAACUUAAAAUAACAAUGAUGUUGAUUGGAAUAAUAAUGGUAUUUUUUGUGUGCCAGGCCCCUAUUCUAUUGUGUUAUGCCAUAAGACAUAUAUCAGUUUAUACAAUGAAAACCCCCGAGGACAUUCGAGUCUUUAACUUGGUUACUUUUAUUGCACAAAGUUUGCUGACAUUUAAGUCCUCCGUCAAUUUUAUUGUUUACUGCUGGUUCAGUGAAAAGUUCUGGAACACUUUCAAACGUGUAUUUUGUGGGAAGCUCUGUCUAGCUCGACAAAAAUGUCCAAGAAAGCAAAACACACACACAGUGCAUUCGGCCGACCAAAACGGAAGUACCAGCAUAAAAUGCAACGUAAAUGUCUUUAUUCAUGUUGAUCAAGUGGUUAUACACAACAUGACAGCAGCUAUAGGAGGGUGUAAAGGUGACAACUGCGGGUUUCAUAUCAACCUCUGUAUAAGGGGUAGCAGUCCCAACUGUGACGAGUCGGCAGGGGCUUGGAUCAAUAUGUCUGGUCUUCAGUCCAGAGUCAUUGGGGAGGAUAUCGGCGAUAAAAUGAACCCCCUACAAAUGGAUGCCAACCAUACGAUGGGACCCUCCUCUGUUCUUAAAGUGUCUAUUUAUAACAACGAUUCCUCUUCCCUCCUUCUGGAGCAGUCCAUGAACGGGGCUGACCAAUGGACGAACGGAAGUCAAUACAUACUGGCCUAUGAUCAGUACAUGACAUUCGACUUACACAACAGUAUUUUAAGUGUAACCCUUACAUCCUGGUUCUUCUGCUCGGAUGGCUACCAUGGACCAAAGUGUACAGUGUACUGCCCUGGUGAUCCACAUAGGUGUGUUGUUGAUGGAGUGCAGUACUGCAAGAACGGAUGGAGUGGUCCAAACUGUGAAGAUAACGUGAAUGAGUGCACACACGCAUGCGCCAACACUUACGGAAAAUGUCAGGACACGUUAGGUGGUUUCAUGUGCCAUUGUUCAGAAUACGCUUAUGGAAAACAGUGUAUAAUGGACAAUGACGAAUGUGCAAAGCAUCCAUGCAAUACGGGUACAUGUAUAAACACUCUUGGACGCCAUAACUGCUCGUGUCCUUCGGAUGUUACGGGUGAAAAUUGUGAAGAUUUAAUUGCCACGUCUUGUUCCUCUUCUACUUGUUCUCAACAUGGCGCUUGUUCUGUAGAGAAGGGAAAAGCACAUUGUUCCUGUUAUUUUGGAUUUGUGGGUCCUGAUUGUUCUAUCGAAUGCAGAUUAGACUGUUUGAAUGGUGGAAGGUGUGUAAGACCUCCACAUGGCACUCCAAAAUGUGUUUGUCCUCCCGGAUUUCUUGGAUCAAACUGUCAGAUCCAAGAUUUAUGCUACUCCCACAUCUGCCAUAAUAUGGGUGCCUGUGUGCAAAAAGGGUCCAAUGUCAGUUGUUUAUGUGACAAGGGUUCAUUCGGAGACCAAUGUGAAUUUUACGAUAAAUGCUAUGAUUCGCCAUGUAAGAAUAACGGUGUCUGUAAAAAGCUGUUCAAAGGACAAUAUCAGUGCGUCUGUCCACAUAGUUGGACUGGAAGAAACUGCGAAGUCUAUAACUGUCAACAUGCUUCUCCAUGCCAAAACCAUGGAAAAUGUUUAUCUAUUCAAACAAAGCCAGGAUAUCGCUGUGUUUGUCACUCGUCUUGGUACGGAAGUAUCUGUAAGCUACACGACGCAUGCGUUUCCGACCCCUGUCAAAAUGGUGGAUCAUGCCUCAACAAUUUGAAUGAUUAUACUUGCAGUUGUGCAAAAGGUUUCAUGGGCCGCAAUUGCGAGCAUCGGGAUUUGUGCUACUGGAAUGGUAAACCGUGCAUUAACGGAGGGAAUUGUAUUGUCAACUCCAACAUUUGUAACUGUUCAAAAUCUUGGGUAGGUGUUCAGUGUGAGAGAAACGUUAAUGAAUGUCUCUACAAUCCAUGUGGCGUGUACGGCACGUGUGUAGAUAUUGUAGGCGGAUACAAGUGCUCCUGUAGCACGUACUGGACAGGGAAGAAUUGCGAUGUGCACAUGAAAUCGUGUGCUUUUAAUCCUUGCAGAAAUAAUGGUACUUGUCAAGAUCUGGACAAUACGUAUCUCUGUACUUGCAAUGCUCAGUGGACUGGACGGAACUGUGAAAUUGAUGUGAAUGAAUGUACGGUGUCGUCGCCAUGCCAAAACGGUGGACUAUGUUUAAAUACUAGGGGUGAUUAUACAUGUCGCUGUUCGCAAGGAUGGACGGGUAAGAAUUGUGACACCGAUAUUGAUGAAUGUCAAGUGCAGAAUUCCUGUCCAUCGAAUACUCUGUGUGAAAACACUCGAGGGUCUCACGAAUGCCUGGACUGUUCAACUUACACGUGUUAUCAUGAUUCACAGUGCAUGGAUACUGUGAAUGGUCCGGUUUGCAACUGUUCGACCUCAGGAUGGACCGGAAGGCAAUGUGACAGAAAGGACUUCUGUCACGAAACAUGCACAGAUAUAGAGAUAAACAGUGGACGUUGUCCGAGUCGAUGCGGACGGUCCUCUGAAUGUUUAAACAAAGAAGACGGAUAUUCCUGUCAUUAUAAUCCCUGUAAAAGUAGUCCUUGUCAAAACGGAGGGAGCUGUUUCAAAGGUCACAACGACUUCAACUGCAAAUGUGAUAUUCAUUGGGCCGGGAAAGCCUGUGAUCAAGUAAACUAUUGUGCGAGGAAUCCCUGUCAACAUGGAGGCUCUUGCAUAAAUCGGCUGAAUGGAUUUAAGUGCAGCUGUACUCCUGAGUGGAUAGGAACCACUUGUACGGAAGUUAACUAUUGCUACCCAAAUCCAUGCACACAUAAUGGCGCUUGUACAUCACUUACAAACACUUCAACCUGUCUUUGUUCAACGGAAUGGACUGGCUCUUUAUGUGAAAAACGCAAUUAUUGCAGUACAAGCCCCUGCCAAAACGACGGAAUAUGUACAAAUGGACCGACACAUUUCACGUGCAACUGUACUGAAAAUUGGAUCGAAGCAAAUUGCGAACAGUAUGACUACUGUUCAUCUAAUCCUUGCAAAAACCAUGCAACGUGUAAGAACAGACCUGGAAACUUUGAAUGUCAUUGUCAUGAAGGCUUUUCUGGAGUAACCUGUGCAUCGGCAAUCGACCAUUGUGUGUCCUCCCCCUGCCAAAACAAUGCCACGUGUACAAAUAACCCUUACGGGUACUUCUGUCGUUGUGCUAGUGGGUACAUGGGUAAGGACUGUAAUCUCGACCUAGAUGAAUGUAAGCUUAAUAUGUGUCCACCAAUGUCCACGUGCUUCAAUUAUAAUGGUGGAUUUGACUGUCGAUGGACUAGGAGGUCAAUCAGAGAAGCUCAUCGCGAAGGGACCAAACACGUUUUAAUUACGGAAAUGAAAGAUGCUAUGAUACCAAUUUCCAUUUUUCUUCAAUUUCUUGAAAAUGGCAUAUCUAAUGCAGCUUGUGCUGACAGCAAAAAAGGACUUCUUGUGCCAUACACCAUGGAGUUCAAUAGUGGGAUUCAGAAGCUUACCUUUAGCAUCAAAUGUGCAAAAGGAAAAUACCAAAGCUUUGUUGCAUCCAACAUCAGCUCUUAUUGCGACUCCGAACUAUGCAGAUCUGUUAUAAAGAACUCGGUUCUCUCAACAUUAUAAGAUCUAGAGUUAUUCCGCUUGUAACUUUCCACUUAAUA